GGGCCGUACUGUAUGGCAACGCGUCAGGAUGUAUGGAAACGCGUCAGGAUGCUCAAGCUCUCCAAAUAUGGCACGGACAGCAAGCAACGACCCUCUUCAAGGUGAGAUGAUGUCAAGAUGAUCUCAGACCACAUGGUGCUGUGUCCGCUGCUAACGCAGUUGGUGGCUCGACACCUCGGCUGAGGUGGGUCGAAGAAGGAGAGGCGGAUGAGAUUGCGGAGGUCUCGAGAUCUGCAGUGGCAGCUUGCGACCUGCGCGUCGCAAAUUUUGAGCUACUUGAUGCUAGACCAGUGAUGGUAAGUCUGCGAAAUCACGCGGCUGAAGAGUUAUGGGUAGCUUCUGAGGCAUGCUCUGUGAAAACUUGAGCCAUGAACACUAGUCAAUUUUAGAGGUGUCCAAAGCAAGAGAUUCCAGGACUGCAGUCAGAAGUCGGCGAAAAAGAUUCGCUUGCCCAUGCAGAAUUCUGCUUUGAGACGCUUUUGAGGUUGUCUCAAGCGCGGAGGCAGUUUGUCCGCCUGUCCAGGACCCCGAAUAAGUUUGCUGCAUCCGCACAUUGCUCGCCUCAACCUUGGAAAGUGUGAAGCUUUCUCAUUCCAGAGUUUAGGGGUUUGAUGCGCAACGUUGUUGCAAACAAAGCAUGUGCAGCAUUUCCAUGAAUUCCGCAACGCACACGCCCUUGCCGAUGAUGUGCGCCCUGCUAUUGUUUUGCGACGUGAUACUUGAGGACCUCACCAAAGAGGUUAGGUUGUUGUGUCAGUUCUCUCAUGAGCCGCUUUUGAGGUAGUCUCAAGUGCGGAGGCGGUUGGGCAGCGUCCGCCUGUCCAGGACCCAAUAUCAGUUAAUCAGUUUGCUGCAUCCACACAUUGCUCGCCUCAACUUUCGAAAGCGGAGCUUUCUCAUUCCAAAGUUCUGGCAUUACUGGCAUUUGAUGUGGAACGCUGUUACAAACGGAGCAUGCGCAGCAUUUGCAUGAAUUCCGGGAAUUGGCGUGCUUUGCGUUCGUGAACGCGCACGGCCUGGCCCAUGAUGUGCCGGUAUGGGACGGCUGUUGCCGAUUGCCCAGGGUAUGAUUCGUUCUGUUCAGAGUGCCUUCAGGCUGAGAUUAGCUCAGCCCAGCUCCUACAUUUGCACUAGCCCGGCCUGUGGUGUUGGCCUUUGCAAAUGGUUCAGGCACAGCAAUUGCAUGAGUUCCGUCAUGUCGCGUACCCCAGUCCACAUUGCACCUGAUGAGUCCGAUGCACUUUGCUGAUUGCUGUGAUUGCCUCGAAUGUCCAACGCGCUGCCCAAGAUGGAAGUAGUUUGGCAAAGGCACCACUGUUGGAGUCUUCCGUUUGAGCAGAAAACCACGAUGCUCCGCACCAGAAAGCUCACGGUAGUGACCCUACGGAGAUGCAUUUCAUGUGGGUCCCAGCUGAAGUGCCCGGCAAGCAUGGAUCGCAUAGGUUUGAGUUGGCGCCACGCUUUUGAGGUUGUGUCAAUCGCGGGAGCAAUUGGGCAUCGUCCGCUUGGUCAGGACCUCAAAUCACUGUUCUGCAUCCGCACAUUGAUUGCCUCAGCUUUGGAAAGCGUGAAGCUUUCUCAUUCGAAAGUUCAUUGUUGUCAUAACUACGAAUGUCCAACGCGCUGCCCAAGAUGGAAGUAGUUUGGCAAAGGCACCACUGUUGGAGUCUUCCGUUUGAGCAGAAAACCACGAUGCUCCGCACCAGAAAGCUUACGACCCUACGCAGACUCAUUUCGUGUGGGCGCCAAUUGAAGUGCCCAGCAAGGAUGAAUGCCAUUGGUUUGAAUUGGCGCCAUUCGCGUGUAGGCUGCAUUUCAGUGCCAGUUUGCAUCGAUCAGCGUCCUGCUAUUGUUUUGCGACGUGAUACUUGAGCACCUCGCCAAAGAGGUCAAGUUGUUGCUGCAGUUCUCUCAUGAGCCGCUUUUGAGGUUGUCUCAAGUGCGGAGGCGGUUGGGCAUCGUCCACCUCUCCAGGACCCCAAUUCAGUUUGCUGCGUCUGCACGUUUCUCGCCUCAACAUGAUGUUACGUUGUUUUCUGUAAUUGUUGCCACUCAAUUGGCACUGCAAAGGUACGGAAGUUGUUUUGUGGAAAUGCGGGCCGGGGAAGCUUCGCGGAUGGGGAAUUUCACACUUUACACGCAGUCAGCCACGGCAAGCACGAAGCAAGCAGCUACUUCACCAUGCCAAGCAACGUUGGUGUAGGAUUGGUUCGGGUGGGUGUGUGUGUGUGUGUUUGUGAACUCGUGAACGCGAGCAAACCAAACAGAAUUCGAAGCACUUUGCGUUUCUGCAAGGAGCACGGAAUUUCCUUCCCAUGCCUAUUGGCAAACGACCAACUUAACUUUUACGCUUUCCGCGCGACAGCCGCUGCAGCAGCACUUACCAUUUGAGCAAUGAGGAAACUGUCACGGAGCUGACUGCGGAAGCUCGAGCCACUUUUUGAAGACUUGCGCGGGGCCGCGGCUGCCGCCCGUACAGCUCGACGGAAGCCUGAAUUUUAUAUGCAACUAAGAGGCCACAAGCACACGGCUCACAUCGUGCCUGAGGAGUCCGAUGUGCUUUGCUGAGUGUGGUCCCGUCGGUUUGCAUUGCGCAAGCAUGCAGGCAUCACGUGAAGUGACACAAUCUUCAGUGCUUGGGAACAGAGCAUGCAGCCAAUGGCCGCAAUGGCGCUUGUGUUGGCGCGCUGCUUGCGAUUGCCUCAUGAUGUUGUGGCGUGGCGCAUCAACUGUCAGCACUUGUUCAGCGAGCUGGCGAAGUCUUCACGCGCGUCCUUGCUACAUAGCGACUGGGAUAACUUCGCAUGUUGAGCCAUAAAAUUUGUCAGGAUCUUAAGGUGACACAGUAUGUUGCGUUAAACUACAGACAUAGCGAGAUGCUGACCGUGAUGAGUCAUUAGGCUUUGGUUCAGCAAGCACUUUGGGUUGCUCCUCUCUCCGAGAUUCCAACGUGGAGACCCAACUUGACUGCCUUAGGCGUAUCCGGGCAAGUUGAUGUGGAUCUAGCUGAGAAGUUUAGAUAAAAUUGACCAACAAAAACUCGGUGUCAAGGCCGGGAAAGCACCUGGGCUUCCCAGACCGAGGCAACUGACUGUGGGCAGUUGAAGCAGACUUGAGCACUUCUCGUGCGCAAACGUGCGCAAUGCGCUUUGCGCAGCCCUCCGACUUGAAGUGCCUCGCUUUGAUGUGAUGCGGCUGCUUUACUCGGCGUUACCGUGCUGCGAGAUCGACCGAUUGGAGCCGAUCAGGCGAACUGGUUCCGACCUGAGCUCGCCCCUGAUUGGUGAGAGUGCAACAAAAGUUCUGAAAACCAGCUUGAGCCUAAUAAUCGCUCCUUUCUGUGGUCCAAAAUGCUAGCUGGGCAAUUGAUUCUGUGCCCUGCGACAGCUUCCCCAAGCCACCACUUCCGUGAGGCAAGCCAAUCUUCAGCAGCUGUUGGGUGUCAGGCAGCUUCGCAGGACCUGUGAGGCGUGUCUUGCAGUACCUAAGAUGCCACGGCCAAGGCAUCCUUAUGCCUCUGGUGUUGGUCUUUCCAUUGCCAGGCCCAGGCAAACGGCAUAAUUCUCCUCGAGUGGCAAACGGCUCCCUUCCCGUAUUCUCUGCAUCGCGCCGUUGUUCCGGAUCAUUGCCUCAUUUGUUUUAGCGCUUUGCUAGUUCAAAGUCGUCUUGUUCCAGCUUUGACACGCCCCUUGCGUCUGAAGAACGAGGCACAUGGACUUGGUCCUAUGCGAGCAAGUCGCUGGAACAAACAGAUAUUACCCUGAGUCCGGAGGCAUUCCUAUCAACAGGGAACCCAACACGCCAAAAGGAAACCAGCACUGGAUCCUGCAACCAAGAGUGCCAGAUCGCCUAUCGCACAGCGCGCCAGGCUCAAGAGGGACGUCUUGACCAUCCUCUCGCCAGAGCCAGAUAGGGGUUCGGACUCAGAGUCACUGGUGCCAAGCUUGGCGCUUCGGUCGGGAAGCCCCGUGCACCUGCCAGCCGGCUCCCGGACGUGGGACGCAAAGCCGGUCGAUCGUUGCAUUCCAAGAAGCUCGGAAAGCCCAAGACUGACAGCCUGACAGCCUGGUGCCCUGCUCAAGCCGACUCAGUUUUGGCUCUCCCCGUUUUGAGGCUGUGGACUCGCCUGCGGUGCCUGGACUGGGUGCCAUGCAGCGCAGGAUCUCUGGCCUUGUGACAGUUGCUUGUGCGGUUUCGCGCCGAGAAAAGCCAUGUGCAAGACGGCCAUCAUUGAUACUUUUGGAUUGCGGGACCAGUCGGCCGCCAUCGGCCACAACACACACAAGGCUUUAUCGGUCCUAGUUGCACUUUUGCAGGCCGCCUGGCCAUGUCGUUUCGUAGACUCGGCCAGGGAUCACAGCAGCUCCAAAUUUGCGGCUGGCUGCCUCGUAUGUGUAGGUGUGUGUUCCUGCGGUACGGGGCGUUCGCGUGCUUUGACAUGAAACUGAGCCAGAGAUAACAGAACCAGUUGCCAGUUGCCCACAGUACCAUGGCAACCUACGGAAGCUCGAGCCGUACCGGAGACAUGGGCGAAAUCACUCCACAACAACCAGCCUUUCUCCGGGCCUUGCCAUAAACGGUGUGAUUUCCUUGGGUACGCACCAACAGAGCAAUGCGAUGUGCGCCAUGGACAUUGCUCGCCACUUGCUACUUGCUCCUUUUGGCCCGGCUAGAGAAGUCGGCGUGGCGCACGUGAGACUCUCAUGGCCCAAAAUGGCCCUGACAGUUAAUAAGCUAUAAGUACUAGCAAAAGUUGCAUGCGGAUGGAAGUGACAUCGAUUUAAGAACUCGACUAUUCCAGCGCCUGCGUCCAGGCGCUGGUGUCUUUCCGGUAUGUCUUCUCGCGGGAGUUGAUGAAGCUGUGAAGUGAGCGGCUGUGCAGGGCUAUUUGCACCGAGCUGUCCACACCUGGAAAACCCACACUGGAAACAAACUGCGGAAGUACUCUCUCACACCGCCAGAAGCCCCCUCAAAGUCUUGACUGUUGUUAAAAUCAUGACACGCUGGACGUUGCCGCCGCCUUUCUCCGCAAAAAACGCUUGCGGUGGGUUUUUUUCGGGGGGCCCUCACAGCGGAGGCUCGGAGGUGCCAGGCCUUUGCUUUCGGACAGAGAGCCGAGUUCACGGGCGAGGUCUGGCCACGGAUCAGGUGCUCUUGGCUCCCGCCUUCAGCGCUCGUGGCCCUAGAGGCUUCUGCCACGCACCUGCAGACCUGCUGCAAACUUGCCCGCGGCAAGGGGCCAUCGCUCAUGUCUCGACGUCGAUUGCCGCCCGUGGGUUGACGUAGCGCCCUCUUCACGGCGAGUUCAGGGGCGAGCACUUCGCACCUCCAUCAGCUGAUCGGGUGAUGUGAUGCAGGUUCUACUACAUGCGGCACGCUCGCUUCUGCUCCCGGGCAGACAGGCCUAUGGUAGGUGCGCUGGGGCUGUCGCCUCCUUGCAGCCAGCGGUGAGGAGCCGCGCCGCUUAGCCGCUUAGCCACUACCGCCGGCGCGGCGCGCCGCGCGUCCGUGAAGCGGCUGUCGUGCAGCCUUGUGAAGGUGAUGCAGCUGCCUGCUUCGGAGGUGUCUCUUUUGGAUGCACCUGGCCCAAAGCGGUUUGCUCGCCGCUUGCCCCUCGCUGAGGCUGUGUCAGGAUAUUUGGUACGCCGCUGCUUGGUCUACACGUUCGGAGAGCCCGCAACGUCGAAAAGCACUCCUUGAGUUCAGUGGGACCCCGAGGGUGACUUGAGUCCGGCGAGAACGAUUUCGGGUGAUGGGAAUCGAUUGAGCUCAGACUCAAGACACGGGAGAUUCCUUCCCUUGUCCUUUUAGGGUUAGUUUGGUUGAAAUUAGAUGGCACUGGUUUAGAUGGGUUUUAAUCCAUUUACCAGGGCCAUCUAUUUCUCCAAAAGGCCGCCUAUGAUUCAUUUGCCAUGAAUUCUAUUUGCCCAUGGCUUGCAUCGUGAUGCAUGCACAGAAACGGCUUGCAAGCCGGCCGAUCUGAACACGUGCAGCGCCGGCCCUCCCGUCUUCCACAGGUGAAGAGAACAUGUGGAGGGUCAAGGUGAGCCAAGGUUACGUGGAAACAUGCUUGUGGAAGUGUCCAUGUAAUUUAGCCUAAGUAGUUUGGGCACGUUGUGAGUCUGUUGAAGCCGUUCCUUUGCAGAAGCCUCCUUCAUCCCAUGCAUGAAAGUGGACGAGUCAUUUUCAAGCAUGGCAAGACAAUCUGCCACGGGAACGUCUUUGUGGUCUCUGACAGACAGAUGGCUGACAACGCCCUGUGAAUGUUGCAUUGCCUUGCAAGCACCUGCACGUACGUGUUUCUUCAUUGACCGCAACUCACUGGGCUGUUUGUCAGCAUUUGCUUGCGCCCUCCAAAACAACACGGAUGCUAUCAAACACAGUAGACAAAUUGCAAAUAAGCAGUGGACGUGCGCAAGGGUGUUUAGGGCCCCCCCACGCCCCAGAAAGGUUCUCAGAACCCUUCUAAGAACCCUCUCCAAGAAGGCGGUAAGAAUCUUUCUUAGGGGCGGGGUCUUGAAAAUCCUCCCUAUCCAGGGCCAUGGGCGAGCUUUGCCCAGUGUUUGUUGAGGCAUGGGUCGAGAUCUCGAUUCAUUGCGUUCCUUAGGGCAGCAAGCAGAUGCAGCGAUAGCAGGGCAACAUCAAGUUCGCAAAGCCAGCCGCUUCUGCAUCUUGUGCGGUCCCUUUGCUUCAACUGCUCAGCGGCGCAGCAGACGUACGGCGGCUGGCCAUUUGAAAGAGGCCCGCAGAGUUUGUUUUCGGAGUGAUCGAUAACACUUGCGAUCCAAUCAGAUUCUUUCGGUACCAGUAGGGUGCACUGCCUCUUUGCCAAAGGGGGUGCGGCGAGAUGCUGGCCCUUGAUCUCACGCAGAAGCCUGCAUUCGCAGCGGCGGCGAUGUCAUCACUUGUGUGGGUGCUCGAGAGACAUCACUUAUCCUAGUGUCACUUCUGGAGGUGAAGGCAACUUAGCUUCACGUGCAUCCAGGGACGAUUUGCCCUGCGAAUCUGCCUGACGCGCGUUCGUUUUUUGCAAACCUGUUUGCCAUGCGGCCAUCCAUGCUUUCAAUGAAAUCUCGAUUGCCAAAGCCUUGCCGCGCAUCCACCUCCAUUGUAUGCGUGUGUUUUUCAGCCAGAAAUGAGCACUGCUCUUGGUACUCAACGGAAUAUGACGCGCCGCAACUUGUCCAGUUUGGCCGCCUCUUGGUGGUCAUUGUCCUUCUCCAUUUGGCAGCAUCUCCCACGGCUCUGCAAAGAGAGUUUGGUUCGCGAGCGGCAGCGGCUGAGAACUUGUAAUGUCUGGCAGACAGAUCUUUGGGAUGUCGGCCCUGCCAGAGGCUGACAGCGGGCUGUGAGCGCGUUUCCAGUCACGCGCCCUGUUGAAGCGCAUGUGGCGAACGCGUGCGGCUCGAAGAAAGGCCAUGCGAUGCCCCUAUGCGCGUCCUCUUUGAGAGGCGGAGCUCGGACGAAUUGAAAGCGCUUCGGUCAUAAAUCCCAUUGAAGGCCAAGGUCCUUGCUCCGAGCAUCAUACUGACGCUGGCUUCCUGCGUAAUAUUCCAAAUUCGGAGCCGGCUGAGCAAAUAGCCAUGCAUACUGCGCGCUUCCAUGCGAAUUCAGUCGAGGCUUCGUUUUGAAAACCCUCGUUACCCAGGCUUGAGCAUUACCAAAUCGAAGCACGGAUGCGACUUGGCUGGAGGCGGCUUGGCAAGAUGCGAUGUGACUCAGCCCAUAGCUUAAACAUAAAGCUCACAGUGGAAGGCACUGGAGUUUGUAUCAGCUCUAAGAUUUGUGAAUCGAUGCUCUGAAGUGUCAGUAUACACUUCAAAUGAUCGGCAUCACUCUGGGCCAACUCAUGUCCCCUCCAGAAUCAUCCCGCUCCAUCCUUCAUGGAUCUCUGAAUUCAGGUAGACAAGGCCUUCCAUGAGGUCCUGCUAUUUUUUGGCCUCCCGCAAGUUCGACUCCAAAGCCCCGGACGCAGACUUUCCAUGAGUCGACACGCUGGGUCCGAACAGUCGACCUCUGGUGACGCUUAGAGCUUGGUUGGGUACCAUCUUAUGUCGUUGCAAUUUACUAAAAUCCAUGAUGCUGGUAAAGAGUUGAAUCCUGAGUUUAUGGCUGCGCGUUGACCAAGAAAUCGUGAACCGAAAGCGAGAAGCCGUUACAUCCCAAAAUUGACGGCCAAAAAGGCGGCAAGACAGCCAAGGCGGAAUCUUCAGUGCACUUUGCCUGAACUUAGUCAGUGCAAAUCGGUAUCUGCCAAUUUGAUGGAAGCUCACCUGGAGGUCAAACAAGCCCCUGAUGAAGGGCCUUUACUUGGGGAAUGUUAGCAAAACUGAAAGCUGUAUAUAUAAUAACAUGAAGCUUUGUAGGUGGUGAGUGAAGCUUCUUGCGGCUGCCUGUUUUUCCAAUGUGGAGAUGGCUUCGGAGCAUGCGGGGCGGUACACACUCCGCAAAUGGGGGUGCUUGCUAGUAGCUUAGAUCAUGCACACCAAAUUCAGCUGGCAUUCCACCUCGUUGCUGGUCUUGUGACCAAAUCGUUUUGGAAACCAAUGGCUUUUCCGCUACACCUAGAAAAGGUGAUCGACAUGUUGCGGGACUCCGACUGCCUCAGCCCUGAUGAUGCCUCGGAUGGGUGGUGCAUGGCCGCGACACUGACUUUUUGACUUGCAAGAUCCCACCUGCGAGGUGAGGGUGUCCAAAAAGACACUGGCUGUUGCGGAAAGGUAGCGAGCCGCAGAGAGUUAGCAGUUUUGUGCGGGAAGUGCGGAUGUUGUGUGCUUCAAGUCCCAGCCCCCACACAGCCUGGAGGGCGAUGAGAAGGUAACGGUCAUGUGGGUUGGUCCAAAGGUCCGGAUGAGCAAACACUGGAAAGUAGCUGCCCCGAAGGCUGUGAGUUCGACGCAAGCGCUUCCACUAGUCCGUUUUCUCGCCAAGGGCAUGGCGAGUCUGCGCAUGGCUUGCCUGAGCUGAUGGCCACAGGGCCUUGAGUGUGGAGCCAGCCAGGGGCACGCUGGAUGGGAGCUGAUUGAGCUGCUUGAGGUGCCAACUUGAUGGGGCACAUCGAGGCCAGUCGCUUGUGAGGGCGCGGAAGGCCGGAUCAGCAUUCACUUGACGACACGGCGAGACAAAGAGCCGAGCGCAGGAACGGCAGCCUCUUUGUUCUGAUAUAUCAUCACCCUCUCAUGGCCAUUUGCCCCAGAAAAAUGCCCAGAUGCAACCUAUCAAGCUCCAGCCAAAAAGUCAGAAGCGUUGCAAGCGAAAGCAUUCAGGAUGUCGCAAUAUGUCGCCAGGGUCUCACUCAUUUUUGGCAGACAACCUUGCCUGCCCUUGACAGAGCUCGUGCAAUAUGUGUCUUUUGCACGCGCCGAGCACUUUGCGCAAAUCAAAGCUCGUGCAUUUGAAGUCGCCAUUUUGCUGGUUCCCUCGGGCCCAAGAUGAGUUUGGAUCGGUUUGCUCCGGGCAAAAGGCAGCUUCGGUGUCAGCGAACUGCUGCCAAGCUGUACGGGGCUGGGACUUGGCUCAAAGGCUGGCCUUCAGAGCCUUUCAAGUUGCGAUUGUGUUUUUGCCGCUCUUAGCUCACCAAAAAAACAGGCGCCGCGUGAAUUCCCCGUGCAUCCCCAAUGCAUUUGGGUCUCGUUGCGGCGCUCAAUGCUUGAAGCCGCCAAUGUGCCAAGGACAUGUGCCUAUGCAUGGCUUCUUGACAGGUGGCACUCAUCACUGGAUGCGAAAGCCUGAUCAACCACGCGUCUUGCGACUUUUGCUCUGAACCUGCAUCGCCGAGCAUGUAAACAUGCCAGGCGCAUUGUGAAAUCUAAAACAUACCCAACCAAGUCUGCACAUACUUGGCAAAAGGCAAGGUCCAUACGUCUCCGAAACGCAUCUCCUGAGCCUCGUACAUUUGCUGGCAAGAACAAAAAGUUUAGGUCUUUGCUAUCGUGGAUGGCUGCAAGCCAGAGCAAUAUCAAACUACGACUUGCCGGUACCCCGGGACAAAAAAGGAAGACGGAAGACUCAACAACAAACAGAAUGCUAGACACAUAGUGUGUCACGCAUCAACGAUUCCGGGAAUUCUCAAGAAUGCCGUGUGUCUAGCACACAACAGAGGUCAAGACGUGUCACAGCUGUUCAGUCAGCUCCCGUUGUAAUUUGUUGGGCAUCAAGUACUUCAGCUAGGUCUUGAGACAGAAGCUGGUGCUUGGCCGUAGCUUGGAUUCUUGCCUAUGGCAAAUGGCAUGCUGGUCUGGCCGAGGAAGCUCGGACGUUCUGACAGGUUGCACGUUGAAAUCAGAGCGUUGGGAGAAGUCAAGGCAACAUAGGCAUCCAUCGCAUGAAAGAUGCUGGCCAAUACAUAGACAUAUUGUCCAGCACAGUGCUGGGCUGUUCGCUUUUCGCUUUGGGCAGCCGAUGAAGUGUGGUUAUAAAAGGUAAUGUUAUGCUAACUUAGAGGCCCAUUUCGCACAGAGUCAAGUGCAGGGAGAAGGGUUUGAUAUGGGGACUUCUCCGCUUCGUGGCUCUUCACUUCGCAGCCUAAAGCUGGUCCCAGUGUGAAGUUUACAGAAGAACGUGCCUUCGGCAUCCAGGAAGCGCAGGGCAUUUAGUGCUGAGUAGCACCUUGGAUCACUUCAUAUUGCAUGGAGAAGCUCCGAAGGAAUGACUCGCAAAGGAUUCGCAAGCGCGCUCUUUUUCUCCGAGGCAAGAAAAGCGGGCCACAAUCGGCACCCCCCAGCCAAUUCAAUGUGAAAACACAAAGGGUAAGGUGGCGCAAGCUGGUGGCGUAAGCAAGACCUCCAGCUGACUCCACAUGUGUGUCGCGAAAGCAAAACUCCACACGCGUAAGGUGGCGUAAGUUGGUGGCGUAAGCAAGAUGAAUCAUAGCACGUUUAAAAGUUUAGGACAUGGCUCACCUUGCUUUUGUGCCGAGCAACACGUAGAUAUUCUCGCGGUCUCUCUUGACAGCCACCUCACCUCGACAUGCUGCUGUCCUCGUUCCAAAUUCCACUGCCGUCGACUCGCGAUUUGAUGCUCAGAUGGCAUGUGUCUUAGCCGCUGAGUUCUGAGGCUUGAAUCCCAUAUGGUCCCCGGCAGGUUGCGAUCAUCGGCUUUGGCCCACUGCUUGCUAGGUUGAGGGAUGACGAGUUGCUUUGACGGAAAGGCGUCACACAUCGUGCAACAUGCCCAGCAACUGCAAUUAGCAGUCUCCCUGAGGCAUGCCAGUCGUGUCGAUGGUGUUUGAAAUCAGCUAUGAGCCAUGACACUCGAAGACUGGUUUUGUAGCUGGAGCAGAUGUUGCCCACCCAAACGCUGCUGGGCUGUUGUAAAAUGUAGCGGCAAGGCUGUGUUGGAACCAUCCCGUGUGUUGAUUUGAUUUGGAGGCGCAGUUUGGGUUCUUGGCAAGCAAAGGGCCGCCUUCAGAUAUUUCAGCACUCAAUCAGCUCACAUGGUCUCUCAGCUGCACGACAUAUGCAGGACUCCUGUCUUUGGCUAGAAAAAAGCAGGCAGGAUGUUGCAACACUGAGCAGGCACAACUACCACAAGUUGUGCCCCUCAACUGCAUAUGCUGUGUGUGCAACCAGGCCACCAGGCAGACCACCAGCCACGUGCUUGCGCGUGAUGUGUACGCCCCCAAAGCAGCAGUGGACAAUUGCCUGCGUGUCCAGGGCUUUUUAGCGGUGCGGGCUGGCACGUGUCAAGGCCUCUGCCCUUUGGCCUGAUCCGGGCUGGCUGAUUCCAUAAUUCCAGUUCAUAUGUCGAUUCAUUAAUGAUUUAUCCAUGCAU